CCAUCGUGACGAUUAACUUUGUGAAAGAAUCCAAUCCUGGGCGGCGGCGAUUGAAGAAACCAUAGUCGUGAUGGAUCUUGUAAGGCAAGAAAUUCUGAAGAAACGGAAGAUUCUUGCUGAGGCAUCUGGUGGGAAGAAGUUUUACAAGCGAUCGGAGAUUGAGCAGAAGAAAAUCCAGAAGCUUCGAGAGGAGGAACGACGCGAGAAGGAGGUUAAGUCCCAGCGCAGAGCCGAGGCCGCAUCAGGUAAGGCUUCUUGCAAAUCAUCCGUCUCCAAAGCGGCAGCUAUGGCUGAUUCCAAAACCCUAACCGAAGAGAAGAACAUCGAAAACCUCAUAGUUCUCACGAAGCAGGAAGUGAUUCGCCGCUUGAGAUUCCUCAAGCAGCCGAUGACUCUCUUCGGAGAAGAUGAUCAGGUGCGGCUCGAUCGACUCAAGUAUGUGUUGAAGGAAGGAUUAUUCGAGGAGGUGGAUAGCGACAUGACUCAAGGAGAGACGAACGAUUUCUUGCGUGACAUCGCUGAGCUCAAGAAGCGGCAGAAGAGUAGUGGUGUCAUGAAUGAUAGGAAGAGGAAGACUAGAGAUGAAACGAGUGAUGAUGAUGAACUCAGUGGUGCUGAUAAGGAGAAUUUGAAGCGUUUGAAAGAAGCUAAUUUCGAGGAUUUAUGCGACGAGGACAAGAUUCUUGUGUUCUGCAAGAAGCUAUUGCUUGAAUGGAAGCAGGAACUUGAUGCUAUGGAAAACACUGAGAGGAGAACUGCUAUAGGGAAACAGAUGCUAGCCAUUUUUAACCAGUGUGCUAGGUAUCUAACUCCUCUCUUCCACUUAUGCCGGAACAAGUGUUUACCAGCUGACAUUCGUCAAGGUUUAGUGGUGAUGGUUAACUGCUGGAUAAAGCGAGACUACCUCGACGCAAUGGCUCAAUUCAUCAAACUAGCCAUAGGGAAUGCACCAUGGCCCAUCGGUGUGACUAUGGUCGGUAUUCACGAACGUUCUGCCCGAGAGAAGAUUUCUACCAGCAGUAGUGUUGCUCACAUCAUGAACAACGAAACCACUCGCAAGUAUCUUCAGUCAGUUAAAAGAUUGAUGACUUUUUGUCAACGACGCUAUCCAGCUAUGCCUUCUAAAUCCGUUGAGUUCAAUAGCUUAGCCAACGGAAGUGAUUUACAGUCGUUGCUCGCUGGAGAGAGAUUCUUUGGUGCUGAUCGCCAACGAGUCUCCGAGGAUAGACUCCGGCUCAUGCCUUCUCUCAACGAAAGCUAGCUAAGGUUACAGUUUUUUCCUUGCUGUGUUUUUCUUGUUUCAAUUUUUCUAAGAUAAUGAUUAAACCAUGUAUCUUCUUUGUAACUUGACCAUAAUAUAUUGAUUACACGAUC